AUGGAUCAAGUACUGAACAUGACGGUGGAAGCAGGAGAGAUGUCCACAGAAUCAGCAUCGCAACUCGUAGAUUCAAUUUUCAAAACCCUACACACCCAUGACGCCGAUCGGAAAUCUGCCAAAUCGGUGGAUGACGUAGUUUCGAAAGCAUUAAGCACCAGUUCUACGUUCAUGAAAGUCUUCGCAGCAGCGCUUGUACAGGUCAUGGAGAGACAAUUGAAGUUUCAGUCUCUUAUAAACUGUCUCAGACUUCUCAAGUGGUCGUGUCUUCUUCUGAGUAAAACCCAAUUUGCUUCGGUUUCUAGAAAUGCGUUUUGCAGAUUGGCGUCGGCGCAAAGCUCAGUUCUUCAUUUUGUUGAUUCAGCUCAAGGAUCUUUGCGCUUGAAAAAGGCUUGUAGGCAUACCCUUUUUCAUUUGUUCUCAGAGGUACCGGAGAUUUACAAAACUUAUAUGGAGGAACUAAAAGAUGGAAGAGUUCCAUAUAAAGAUUCUCCAGAAUUAUUAGGGUGUCUAAUUGAAUUUUCGAGCUUAAAUUCUACUUCGUUGGAAGAAUGGAAGCCUGUAUUUCUUGAUAUAUAUGUUAAAGCGGUUCUAAACACGAGGGAAAAGCCCGGAAAUGGUUUGAGUGUAGUGUUUUGUCCGUUGUUUUCACAUUUGUUGCAUGACGAUUUUAGCGGUUUUGUUGUGCCAUCAGCAGUUAAAAUGCUGAAACGAAAUCCUGAGCUCGUGUUGGAAUCGGUGGGAGUGCUUUUGAAAUCUGUCAACCUGGAUUUGAGUAAAUAUGCCAUUGAAAUCCUUUCAGUGGUGUUGCCACAGGCUCGCCACGCUGAUGAAGGAAGAAGGCUUGCUGCAUUUGCUAUAGUAGGUUGUUUAAGUGAAAAGUCUAGUAAUCCGGAUGUGAUUGACGCCAUGUUUAAUGCUGUCAAAUCAGUGAUUGGAGGUUCCGAAGGAAGACUUGCAUUUCCAUACCAGAGAGUUGGCAUGAUCAAUGUGCUGCAAGAGUUGUCCAGGGCUCCCGAAGGAAAAUAUCUCAGCAGCCUGGCACCAAUUAUAUGUGGCUUUCUUUUAUCCUGUUACAAGGAUGAUGGGAAUGAAGAGGUAAAGCUCGCAUGUUUGCCUGCUGUAUCAUCUUGGGCUGCAAGUUCUGCAGAUGCUAUACAGGCAGAUAUAAUUAAUUUUAUCGCUUCUGGCCUCAAGGAGAAGGAAGUUUUAAGAAGGGCCCAUCUUCGUUGCUUACGGCUCAUGUGCAAAAAUGCAGAUGCUGUUGUACAGAUGUCAUCUCUGCUUGUGCCUCUUGUUCAACUGGUAAAAACAGGUUUUACCAAAGCGACACAACGGUUGGAUGGUAUUUAUGCUUUGUUUUCCGUGGGAAAAAUUGUGGCUGUCGAUGUUAAAGCAGAUGAGAUUGUAUCAAAGGAAAAGCUUUGGUCUUUGAUAUCUCAGAAUGAACCUUCAGUUGUGCCAAUUUCUAUGGCCUCAAAAUUAUCGAUCGAGGACUGUAUGACAUGCGUUGACCUUGUCGAGGUUCUGCUAGUGGAUCAUUCUCACAGAGUGUUGGAAACUUUUCCUGUUAAAUCAUUGCUGCAGUUUAUUAUAUUUUUACUAUGUUAUCCAAGUUGGGAUGUCCGGAGAGCUAUGUAUGAUUCUACUAAGAAGAUUCUCGCUGCUGCUCCACAAUUAUCUGAAGCUCUUUUACUUGAGUUUUCAAAUUAUCUCUCUGUUCUUGGAGAAAAAGUUCAUCUUCUUAAGACAAGUGAUGCAGAAAAUUCAUUGGAUGCUCAAGUUCCCUUUCUUCCAUCUGUGGAGGUUUUAGUGAAGGCUUUAGUUGUGAUAUCACCUGCACUUUUGGCUGCGGCUCCUAGUGCAUGCAUGCUACUUUUUUCAAGUUCGCAUCAUCCAUUCCUAGUUGGUACAGCAAAAAAAAAUGCUGUUUGGAGGAGGGUGCAAAAGUGUUUGCAAACACACGGUUUUGAUGCCAUUGAUCUUAUUACAGAUGGUGUGAGUAAUUUGUGCAAGGAUCUGCUUGGACCAGCAGGAUUGAUUAGUGACAACCCUCUUGAUCAGGAAACAGCGAUAUAUUCUCUGUCUACUUUGAUGUGUAUAACACCUAAAGAUACCUAUUUAGAGUUUGAAAAGCACUUAAAAAAUCUUCCAGAGCGCUAUGCGCAUGAUGCACUUACUGAAAAGGAUAUACAGCUUAGAAAGCGUCAAUUCGUGAAAAGAGAGAAUGUGGGACUUGGGGCCCAUUCUACCAUAAAGGCAGCAGAUGAGAUGAUGUACACGAUUAAGAGGAAGUCGUCGACAAUCAAAAGACACACACCAGGUUCCUUAAAUCAAGUCACGCUGUCACCUAUGCGCCCAGUCAUCAUCACCUUGAGGUAUGAACACCAUUCGAAGAUCUUUCAUACGCCUGAAGGGAUGCUUUUGAACGAGCAAGGUGUUUAUGUUGCAGAAUCCAUAGCUGCUAAGAACACAAAACAAGCAAAAGGCCGUUUUAGGGUCUAUGAGAACAAUGAUGGCAUGGAUGAUGCCAACUCCAACCAGCCUGCAAGGCGAGAGCCUCCUAGUAAAGAGAAUGCUAGUGUGGGGAAAAAAGAUAGUGGAAAAUCAACAAAGAAAUCUGGCAUGCCAUUGUUGCAAUCUGGAAAGACUGCAAAGGAAGAGGCACGUGAGUUGCAGCUUAGAGAGGAGGCAUGUGUACGUGACAGAAUUUUUGUUAUACAAAAGCAGCUCUCUUUGAUGCUGAGAGCUCUUGGGGAGAUGGCCAUAGCCAAUCCUGUUUUCACACACAGUCAAUUACCAUCCCUGGUUAAGUUUGUCAACCCUUUGCUCCGGUCGCCGAUAGUUGGUGAUGUGGCCUUUGAAACUAUUGUCAAUCUUUCAAAAUGUACUGCAGAUCCUCUCUGUAAUUGGGCCCUUGACAUUGCUACUGCUUUACGGCUAAUUGUGACCGAGGAAGUUAAUGUUUUGUUGGAACUGAUUCCAUCUGGUGGUGAAGUGGAGGCAAAUGGAAGGCCAUCCUUUGGUCUUUUCGAGAGAGUAAUAAAUGGCUUGUCAGUCUCUUGUAAAUCAGGGGCACUACCGGUGGAUUCAUUUACCUUUGUUUUUCCGGUUCUGUAUCAUGCUCUUGGUGUUGUUCCUGCUUACCAAGCAUCUAUUGGCCCAGCAUUAAAUGAGUUGUGUCUGGGUCUACAACCAGUUGAAGUGGCUCAUGCUCUUUAUGGAGUUUAUGCCAAAGACGUUCAUGUAAGAACAGCUUGCUUAAAUGCCAUAAAAUGCAUUCCAUCUGUCGCCAGCCGUUCUCUUCCUCAGAAUGUUGAGGUUGCAACCAGUAUUUGGAUUGCUUUACAUGAUCCAGAAAAGGCUUGA